AUGAGGAGGAAAACAGGUGCGAGCUGCACACUCUAACACAACAAAAAGUCGUGCGGACAUGGAUUAUUCUGAAACAUGAUCCUCUGUGGAGCACAGCUCUUUUUAGUCUCUUCAAAACUCAGACAGGAGGCUUUUUUGGCAGCUAUGGGAGCACUACAGUCCUCUCAGGGACGCCCAGAAUAUAUUGAUCUUGUGGAAAAAACUGGCUUUUCUUUUGAGCAGAUUGGAGUCCUGCACAAAAGAUUCAAACAGCUGAGUCACAAUGAAGAUAUUUUACGGAGACAUCAUUUCAACGAGAUCCCAGAUCUAGCAUGCAAUCCGAUCCGGGCACAAAUCAUAGAGGCUUUCUUUGAUAAAAGAAACUUCACCGAAGGUGGAGCGGGCAGAGUUGAUGAGAUCGGCUUUGAGGCGUUCCUGGUGGUCAUGUCUCAUUUCAGGCCUCCGUCCCAGCGCGUGACCGAGGAACAGAGGGAGAACGUCCGGAGAGACAAACUCCGAUUUUUAUUCAACAUGCACGACACAGACAACGAUGGGACCAUAACGCUUGAAGAGUACAGACAUGUGGUGGAGGAGCUUUUGUCUCGCAGUGGAGCUCUGGGGAAGGAAACGGCCAAAAGCAUUGCUGACGCAGCCAUGCUGGAAGUGGCCAGUGUUUCAGUGGGUCACAUGGAACCUGACGAAUUUUAUGAAGGAAUCACAUUCGAACAUUUUCUCAAGCUGCUGGAUGGCUUUGAGAUUGAAUCAAAAAUGAGCAUUCGCUUUUUAAACAUGGACGCGAUGACCCUGUGUAAGUGA